CCAUUUUAAAAAAAAACAAAACAUGUUGUAGUCACCAUGAAUCGUCUCCAAAGAUCUCAUCAACCUACUGUAAGCAGUGUCUUAGAUCGUAUCAGUAACACUUUAAGAGGUAUUAAAAGACAAUAUUCUGCCAACACAUUGGAACCUGAAGCUGCACAUAGACAAGUAGAUGAGGUACUUCGCAACUUAACAAGAUUGGAAGGCAGUGAUUCUCUACCAGAUGCAGACUUAAAGAGAGCUAUCAGAUCAGUUAAAGAAUUUAAAGAAAUUUUACCACACCAAAAGGAAACAUCCGAAGAACCAGAGCUAAACAGAUAUGGCCAAACCAUACCAAACCAGUUUGGUAAAGGUAGAAACCAGCUAGACAUUGACAUGACAAAGUUUCAACAGCUUCUACAACUUGGGUUUACUGUUAAACAGAUUGCUGAAGAUGGACUUCUUGGUGGUGUUAUACAUGUUAACACGCUGUAUCGUAAACUAAAAGAAAACAACAUACAGAUAAGAUCCUCCUACUCAAACAUGCCAGAUGAUGAGCUUCAGGGAUUAAUCUCAGAUUAUAAUAGAGAUCAUCCAAAUGCAGGUGCUUUAGAGGUCCAAGCCUAUUUAAAAACUAAAGGAGUAAAUGUUCAGCGUCAGAAAUGCAGAGACAUAUUAGGCAGAGUAGACUCACUUGGAACUGCUACAAGAUGGUCAUGUACUAUUCAAAGGCGUCAAUACAGUGUCCCCACUGCAAACUCAGUUUGGCAUGUUGACACUCAUCAUUCACUCAUCAGAUGGGGCAUAAUUGUGCAUGGCGGUAUUGAUGGUCACUCAAGACUCAUUCCAUUCCUAAGGGCUUCAACUUUCAACACAUCAAAGGCUGCUGCAUGCUUUUUUGUUCAGGGUGUGAAGAACUAUGGGGUACCCAGCAGAAUACGUGCUGACCACGGUACAGAAUAUGCAGACACUGGGCGGUUCAUGAUUUCAGUAAACGGUGAGGGAAGAGGAAGCUUCAUGACUGGGCCUUCUGUCCACAAUCAAAGAAUAGAAAGGUUAUGGCGUGACAUAUUUAUUAAAGUCCUGGAUGUUUUCUACAAACUAUUUUGUCUUAUGGAAGAACAGAAUAUUCUUAACACCACAAACAGUAUCCACAGAUGGGUCUUGCAGUAUGUUUUCGUACCACGUAUUGACUUUGCUUUAAGAGAGUGGAUGAAUACCCACAAUAACCAUAAGAUCAGAACUGAGGGUAACAAAACACCAAAUAUGAUGUGGUUCAAAUCACUUUUACUAGGGAAUCCAGUAUCCGCAACAUAG